AUGUCUGCGGCAUCGGUGUUGGCUGAGGAGUUUGAGGUGCUUGAAUCAAUAUACCCGACAGAAUUAUCGGUCAUAUCGGACAGGGAGAUCGAGAUAGAUGUUGAGCCAGAUUACCCUGUUGAAGGCAUGGAGUCUUUCAGGCUUAAGUUGUCAGUCAAAUACUCCGAUGACUACCCCGAAGCGCUGCCCACCCUCGCCCUGGAAGCGGUGGAGGGGGACAUCAACGAAUCAGAGAAGGAGGCUCUCCUACAAGGCAUGACGACAAUUGGCGAAGAAAGCUUGGGCAUGGCAAUGACUUUUACUCUCGUUUCUUACCUUAAGGAACAUCUAUCCACCCUGGCUGAAGCAAGAAUAAGUCUUCGUAUAGCUGAAGAACGUGAAAAGGAACGCUUGGCACUUGAGGCUGAGGAAGCACGAACACGAGGGACUCUCGUCACCGUCGAGUCCUUCAAAACGUGGAAGAUGAAAUUCGAUAAAGAUGUGGCAAUGAAAAAGGCGAAAGAUGAAGAAGAGAAGUUGCGGGCUCUUACGCCGAAGGAAAGAGAAGAAUACAAAAGAAUAGGGACCAGACUCACUGGACGGCAGCUAUUUGAACGUAAUCGGAAUCUUGCGCAUGAGGACGACAGCCUCAUGGAAGAGGGCACAGUUAGUGUCGAUGUCAGCCAAUACGAUCGGACGAAGAUCGAUGAGGAAGAAGAUCAUAUCCACUUCAGUGACAGCGAGUAG